CCGAAAGUCCAGAUGAGUCAGUGAUCCCUCGCGGUUGAUGAUGGGCAUGAAAAAAGCGGCUCAGUGUUCCGAGACUGAUAAACAUGCCGAUCAAAUCACAUCUCUUUUCUUUUAUAAGGGUCGGUUGUUCAGUAGCGCUAAUGAUGGAUACAUAAAAGUCUGGAGUCCAGAUUUAAAGCUCAUUACAUCUUUUCAAGCGCAUCCCGUCAAUGUAUACAGUGCAGCCAUUUUGAACGACACUAUUUACUCGUGCUCGAAUGACGGCACAAUUCAAUCCUGGGAUGCCAAUGAUUUCCAGAAAAAGAAGACAAUCUUCCAAGACUCCACAUCUGAUACGACCAAACUACAUGUGUCAGGGGGAAAACUCUUCUCCGGGAGCGACCAAGGAGUUGUCCAAGCGUGGGAAAAUGAUGAGUUGUCGGGUAGAUAUGAGACUAUGGAGGAAAUAUGGGACCUCCUUGUCAUAGAGAACACUUUGUACACGGCUAGAUGUUUGGAUGUCGUCGUCACCGAAAUGAAGCCAGGAAGCAAAUCUUCUUGUUCAGUUAGAGGCACCAUCGAGGGUCACAGUCCAAUCAGAAGGCUUGGCGAUUUGAUUUGCUUCCUUUCAAGAGAUGCAAAAACACUCUUGGUUCAUGACAGUUCCUCUAAAACAGGGUUUGCUAAAAAAGCUGAAAUAAAGCUCUCAAAUGACCUGCUGGUUAACGAACUACUGGCGCUGGGUGACACAACCGUGCUUAGCGGAGGAUACGACAAAUUGGUAAACAAAUGGGACGUGUCUGCGCAGAAAAAUAUCGGAUCUGUCGACGUUGGUGGCACCAUCUUCUCUUUCACGUCCUCUCAGGAUGCUAAUGACGUCAUUUUCGCAGGCACGGACACCGGCCAUGUCAUCAGAGUGGACGGUGUUUAAUCAAGACUUCCUCCUAUGCCCCUUUUUCAAACUUUAAUACCGUAAAUGCAUUUUCUCUCUGUUAAAUGACGACCAUUUCACAGUUGAGGCUUAUUCUGAAAUAACCAAUUACGGCUGAAAACAUCGUUUUGAUAGUUGGAUACACUGUACAAAAACUGCGAAUGUAUAACCCCCCCCCCUCCCACGGGUAGGAAUAUUUUUUUUAAA